ACGAUGCUGAUAUUCCGUCAACAAUGAUUUGGGACGAACACACCGCGAGUAAUGGCGCCAAUGUAAGCAAUUUGUUUGCGUCAUUCUUCAAAAGCAUAUACAGCGAACCUGCUGCACCCGCAGUGUACAAUAUGGAAAGUAUAUCUUACGAUGUUAACAUCUCAGAAUUUGAAGUGCGAUUUGACGACGUAUACCGCCAAUUGACACUUUUGAAUAUCAACAAAGGCGCUGGGCCUGAUCGUAUACCUAACAUUUUCCUUAGAAACUGCGCUAUUGGUCUAUGUGAACCAAUCACACACAUCUUCAGCAAAUCGGUUGAAACAGGUCACUUUCCCACAAUGUGGAAGUUGUCAUAUAUAAACCCCAUACAUAAAUCGGGCGAAAGGGCACACGUAAACAACUAUAGGCCAAUAUGCAUCCAAUCGUCACUUGCUAAACUGCUGGAGAAGAUCGUUCUACCACAAAUAACCUUUCCAUUUAAACACAUUAUAACUUCGAGGCAGCAUGGAUUCUUCGGUGGGAGAUCUACGUCCACGAAUCUCUACCUCUACAUCAACUACAUUCUCAAUGCACUUAACCACGGCCAAGACGUACACUCAACGAAACUCAAAUCCGAGUUCUUAUUAUAUGCGGAUGAUAUGAAGCUAUUCAGAGCAGUAGGCGGUAAUCACGACAUAGACAUUAUAGAGAGGGAUAUUUUAGAAAUUGAAAAUUGGUGCACAACAAAUAAGCUGCAUCUGAAUAUACAAAUAUGUGCUGUCAUGUGUUUCUCUCGACGUCUUAAUAAAGUUAGCGCUAAUUAUUCCUUGCGUGGUCAAACUGUGAAAAUAGUCAACUCAAUUAAGGAUCUGGGUGUGUAUGUGGAUGAUAGACUCUCCUUCUCAGAGCACAUUAACCACAUUUCUGCACGAGCAUAUCGUGCGCUUGGAUUCAUAUGUAGAAGUGGGAAAGAGUUCAGGAACCAUAGAACACUCCUCAGACUAUUUUCUACCUUCGUGCAGCCGAUACUUGAAUAUUGCUCCAUUGUCUGGGCACCAUUUACCGAGCUCCAAAUAAACAACGUCGAAAAAGUGCAACGUAAGUUUUGUAAGUUCCUGCUGUAUCACUCCCAAGACGGAAGCUGUGUAAAUACGAGUGAUAUAUACAACAGGUACAAUAUAAAGACCUUAUACAGCAGAAGGCAAAUAGCGGAUCUAUCCUUUUUUUAUAAGGUCGUAAAUGGGUUGAUAGAUUCCCCAGAAAUACUGGAGCAGUUCAGGUUCAUCGGCUCUAGAGCUGAUCUUCGAUCGAGACGACUGCUAGAUGUUACGCAAUCUAACCGGAACUAUAUCGCCUAUGGACCGUACAACAGAAUAGCAAGCUUAGUCAACCGACAUGCACCAAGUGUUAAUUUCUUUGGAGGUUCUCACGCUGGUCUCAUUCGUGUUCUAAAAUCAGUUCUUUGAGUUAUACAUAUGUACUCAUUCGACAUCUAUUUAUAAUUUUUGCAAUUGAUAAUUAUUGUUAACUAUUUACGUUUUUAAAUUGGUACAAAAUUUUACUUUUUUAUUAUGUGUAAAGCCGAUUGGCGUUUAAAUAAAUAAAUAAA